AUGGCAGAGGUUACCGUUGAUAAGGCUAUGGAUACUGUCGCAGGAUUCCAAAACAGUACUGUGCAGCCAUUGUUAGCAAACAAUGGUCAUACUGUCGCUUCCAUUUUAGAGGUUGUAAAAUCACUAUCGUACUGGAAAAUUUUCGUUACAUUUUUAUGCGUUUUGAUAGUUUGGGACCAAAUUUCUUACCAAACCAAAAAGGGUUCUUGUGCGGGUCCUAAGUGGAAAUGGUAUCCAAUAAUUGGACCUUUCUUGGAAUCAUUGGAUCCCAAAUUCGAAGAAUAUAAGGCAAAAUGGUAUUCUGGUGAACUUUCGUGCGUUUCCAUCUUUCAUAAGUUUGUGGUUAUUGCAUCUACAAGGGAUUUAGCAAGGAAAAUUAUGCAAUCGCCCAAGUAUGUGAAACCAUGCGUUGUCGAUGUAGCUGUUAAAAUUUUGAGACCAAACAAUUGGGUCUUUCUCGAUGGUAAGGCUCAUGUCGAUUAUAGAAAAUCCCUAAACGGUCUUUUCACCAAACAAGCUUUAGAACAAUAUUUACCAGGUUUAGAAGUUCUCAUCGACAAAUAUAUUGGCAAAUUCGUUCAAUUGUCAAAGGAUAACAAUAAUAAGCCUCAAGUAUUUUUCCACGAAAUGAGAGAGAUUCUUUGCGCCUUGUCCCUGAGUGCAUUCUGCGGGGAAUAUAUUACCGAGGAUCAAGUGAGAAAGAUUGCUGAUGAUUACUAUCUGGUGACGGCAGCAUUGGAAUUGGUCAAUUUCCCUAUCAUUCUACCCUACACCAAGACUUGGUAUGGUAAACGUACUGCUGAUGCCGCUAUGAAAAUCUUUGAAGAAUGUGCUCAGAUGGCAAAGGACCACAUUGCCGCUGGUGGUAAGCCAAUCUGUGUUAUGGAUGCUUGGGCUAAGUUAAUGCACGAUGCCAAGAACAAAAAUGACAGUGAUUCAAAACUUUACCACAGAGAAUUUACCAAUAAGGAAAUGUCAGAGGCUGUUUUCACUUUCUUGUUUGCAUCUCAAGAUGCAUCUUCAUCUUUAGCAUGCUGGUUAUUCCAAAUUGUUGCUGACAGACCCGACGUUUUAGCCAAAGUUAGAGAAGAACAAUUAGCAGUUCGUAAUGGUGAUGUUAACAUGAAAGUUACUUUGCCAUUGAUUGAAAAGAUGGAUUACACUACUAUGGUCAUAAAGGAGACAUUACGUUACAGACCACCAGUGCUGAUGGUUCCAUAUGUGGUUAAACAAAACUUCCAAGUGAGAGAAAAUUAUACCGCACCAAAGGGUACUAUGUUGAUUCCUACUUUGUACCCAGCCCUACACGAUCCUGAGGUUUAUGAGAAUCCAGAUGAGUUCGUCCCAGAAAGAUGGGUCGAAGGUUCAAAAGCCAGUGAGGCAAAGAAGAACUGGUUAGUCUUUGGUUGUGGUCCCCAUGUUUGUUUGGGUCAAACCUAUGUGAUGAUGACUUUCUGUGCUCUAUUGGGUAAAUUUGCACUUUUCACAGAUUUUGAACAUUCUGUUACACCAUUAAGUGAGAAAAUUAAAGUGUUUGCCACUAUUUUCCCUAAGGAUGAUUUGUUGAUGACAUUCAAGAAAAGAGACCCAUUAACCGGCAAGAUUUACGAAUAA